CGUUAGCUUAACGCAACCACAACAGCGAGCGGAGCUACCGUCAACCGGACUGUAAAGUGCAACAAAAUGAUAGCUGUCGGUUAACGUUGCCUUUUAAUCACCGCACGGACACGGAGACACUUUAUCGGAUAAUCCGUUAUCUUGUCAUUUUUCUGCCUGGAAGGAUCCAGCGGGCUGAACCGCCGACCGUCGGGCCUCGUCGUCGUGGCCCAGCAGGACUCGAGUGAAGUUGGGAGCGGACUGCCAAACUUCUGCUUCCUCCAGCGGCUCUCCGCGGGGCCCGGGGCUCCUGUCACCGGCCCUGUGGAUGAGGAAGUGAACACAAAUCUAACCGACCACCAGGAGAAAGGAAUCCCUUUGAUGGGAGAAUCCUCUUUCCUGGCCUCCUGGGUCAAUCGCCGUGCCACGAUGAUGGAUGAGCAGGAGGCGCUGAACUCGAUCAUGCAGGACUUGGCCGAACUGCACCGCUCCAGCCGUCCUGCCAUGUUCCUGUCGGACCUGGGCAAAUCCAAAGCCUCCUCGCCCAAAAACCAGAACGAUGUCAGAGUGAAGUUCGAGUUCAAAGGGGAGAAGAGGAUCCUGCAGUUCCCUCGACCCGUCAAGCUGGACGACCUGAAGGCGAAAGCUAAAGUGGCUUUCGGUCAGACGAUGGACCUUCACUACACCAACAAUGAGUUGGUGAUUCCUCUGACCACUCAGGACGACCUGGACAAGGCCGUGGAGCUGCUGGAUCGCAGCGUUCACAUGAAGAGCCUGAAGAUCCUCCUGGUGCUCCAGAUCUCCUCUCAGAACUCCUCUUCCAAUAUGGACCUCUUGCCGUCCCACGAGGACCUGGACAACACGGGAUUCAGGGUUGCUGAUAAGAAGAGUAUGCUGACUUUGAUAGGCUCCCAUUCGACGGACCGCAGCUCCCCUCCUCCAGGAUACAUUCCCGACGCGCUCCAGCAGGUGGCGAGGAACGGCUCCUUCACCAGCAUCAACAGCGAGGGAGAGUUCAUCCCUGAGAGCAUGGACCAGAUGCUGGACCCGCUGUCCAUGAGCAGUCCAGAAAACUCUGCGUCUGGAAGCUGUCCCUCUUUAGACAGCCCACUGGACAGCGACUAUCCGAAAUCCAGGAUGCCCCGAGCACAGAGCUACCCCGACAACCACCAGGACUUUCCAGAGUACGACAUCCCCGUGUUCGAGAAGUCGGGUAAAGGUGGAACGUACCCUCGACGAUACGGCAUUCCCUUCGGCCUUCAGGACUACAGCGAUGGGAGGAAGACCUUCCCGCGGGCUCGGCGAACGCAGGUUCACGGCUUCCGCUCGCCGGUUAGCUUCAGCCCGACCGAGCAGUCGCCCAGCACCAGCAGCGGCAGCAGCGUCUUCACUCCUGACAUUGAGGAGGCCCCGGGGCCCGCCAGGAGGCCGCGGCGGGGCAGUGACAUCGAACCCAACCCCAACCCAACGGCCGCUCCGACCCUGUCUGUGAUGGACAUCAGCCCGCCGAGCCGCUCUCCACGCGCCCCGACAAACUGGCGGCUGGGAAAGCUCCUGGGUCAGGGCGCCUUUGGGCGAGUUUUUCUCUGUUAUGACGCUGAUACUGGACGGGAACUUGCCGUGAAACAGGUCCAGUUUGACCCGGAGAGUCCGGAAACCAGCAAGGAGGUGAGUGCGUUAGAGUGUGAAAUCCAGCUGCUGAAGAAUUUGUGCCAUGAGCGGAUCGUCCAGUACUACGGCUGUCUGCGAGACACGAUGGAGCGGACGCUCUCCAUCUUCAUGGAGUACAUGCCCGGCGGAUCGAUAAAGGACCAGCUGAAGUCGUACGGCGCGCUCACGGAAAACGUGACGCGCCGCUACACCCGGCAGAUCCUGGAGGGAGUUUCUUAUCUACACAGCAACAUGAUCGUCCACAGAGACAUCAAAGGGGCCAACAUCCUGCGUGACUCGGUGGGUAACGUGAAGCUCGGAGACUUCGGGGCGAGCCGGCGGCUGCAGACCAUCUGUCUGUCGGGAACGGGCAUCAUGUCUGUGACCGGCACGCCGUACUGGAUGAGCCCAGAGGUGAUCAGUGGAGAGGGCUACGGCAGGAGGGCAGACAUCUGGAGCGUCGGCUGCACCGUGGUGGAGAUGCUGACACAGCGACCCCCGUGGGCAGAGUUUGAGGCCAUGGCAGCCAUCUUUAAGAUCGCCACCCAGCCCACCAACCCCGUGCUGCCCGCCCACGUGUCGGACCACUGCCGCGAGUUCCUCAAACGGAUCUUUGUAGAGACUAAGCAGCGGCCGUCUGCCGACGAGCUACUGAGGCACAUCUUUGUACAUUAACCCCCCCGCCGCCUGCCUGCCUGCCGAACUGCCAGACACGGCCUUACCUGACCGGGCGUCCCUGCCUCUGACCCCGCCCCCUCCACGCUGAAUAUUGGACCAGGAGGAACAGGCUGGAAGAAGCUGGGGGUGUCUCUGUUUGUAUGAGACUGCCAUAGAGGACAUUUUAAUGUUAUUUUUCUCCGCAAGUUGCACCUUAAUUUCUGAAACAUGGAGGCGUGGAGCACUUCCUCCUGAAGCGAUGAACUCUUUUUUUUUCCAUGUUUGUACGGUUUCUCUCUUCAAACGUUUUGGAGCGGGAUAAGCGUCGUCGGUGUUGUGGACCUACAGGAAGUGACGCCUGACCCCCCGGUGGCCCCCCCCCCUCCUCCCCUCAUCCCGCUGACCCGACCCCAGAAUGUAGUCUCCUGCCAAAACCCAGAGCGACGGUGACGGCGAUGACCUGGGCCCGCUGCUAAAGACGAAACCAGAGAACACUCCCCCCUGAAAACAGUUUCCACUCACCUCCCUCCAUCCCUCGUCCUCGUCUCUCUGCUUCACCUUCAUCCUCGCCGUGUGCCUUUUCUGUUUCUGGAUGAUCGCCGUCGUUCUUAACGGUUUCUCCGUGUUCUUUUGCCUCCCGGAUUAACUGCCUUCGCACCGCUAGCUCGGCUGAUCUCACUUCAGCUGUAAUUCUGCCUUUUUUCGGUAAGUGGUGUCGAUCGGGGAGCGUCCUGAUCCCGCCUGCUCCGCCUGCCUGCUCUGGCCGGUAACCAAAUAUCCUUCAGACCCUGAAAAACUGCUGGUUUAGUAAGGAAGCUGGUGAAUUCUGGGACGAACCGGCUAACUGGGAUUGGUCCUCCUGCUUCAGCCUUGAGAGAUUUUCUCUUCAAAUGCGCCUCUCUCUCUGCUUCUCGAAGUAUUCACUCGUCAGAUUGGUCGAGCUGUUGUCAUGGCAGAUCAGAGGCGGAUUAACUGUGAGGAAGGUCAGGCUAAAGCCGAUAAAUGCAGGUACGAAUUUUGUACGAACGAGCGUCCGACUGGCGAGCCAAAUAUUUCAUUUUAAUCACUGGAUGUAAACUAGGGUUGCAAACUGUAAGCACUUUCCUUAAAUGGUAAAAUUAAUGAUCGUAAAUUGUUAUUUGAAAAAAUGCUUUGGCAGCUGUGGGAAUAUGUUAAAAAAGAAACAUAUCUGCGUCGCAGAAACAUGCAAGAACAAAGAAAAAAACGUUCAGUACCAUUACUCUGGAAGUGAAAUGUACUAAUUCCUGAAACAGUUCUGAUGUUAGAAAAACUGUUUUCUGGGCCUAAAUGGUUCGUUUCAAAGUUUCAAAUAAGCGUAGUUCUGGCUCCUGUAUUUUACAUUUAGAAAAAUCCUCAAAGAAGUUGCACAGAAUUUGUUCCUCAGUAUUUAAAAUUUAAAAUCUAGUGCUGCGUCACAACCUUAAUUUGUUAUGGUUUGAAAUACAUUUCAAGUUAAAGUAUAAAACACUUUUUACACAUUUCUAUAAAACAUUUAUUUAACAAGAACACAGUGCAUCCAAACUUGUCAAAAUUAUAAUCCAAACACGCAAAAUUACAUCAAUAUGAUGUUUUGUUUCCUAUUUCCCGAACGCGUCGAUCUGGUCUGUCGGUAUAUGCAGCUGGUUUUUGACAAAUAAAUCUUAAUGAGCCAGUAAAGUUGGUAAGCGUGAGCAGUUUGUGUUUCCACAGAAAGCUCUGAAAGUGUGUGUGAAAUAAUGAAAAGCUGUGUGAGGGAUGGAGAUCCAAACCCAGCUUCUGCUUUUUUAAAAACACGAAAAUCGAUAAUGUUUGAGUUUAUCGAUAGUGCUGUUGAGUCCCGUCGGUCCUGUAACUGUUUAAGAAGGUGAAAAAAGUGAGAAUAUUUGUCGUUUAUUUUCGUCAUCUGUGAAGGUAGAUUAAGAUCUUUAGAUUUUGGAUGAUUGGUGAAGAAAAACAUCAAAUUUAAUUAUGUAAAGUGCUUUUUUUCACUGUUUUCUGACUGAUUUAUUCACCAGUGAGUCUGGAAAAUAAGCGAAGUGACAGCGUGUUGCAGCCCAGAUAUCAGUGAAAAGAUGCAAAUCAGGAAUAUCUUCUGAAAAGAAAGACAGUGGAAAUGCAGUGCGUCGGCUGUAGCUGGAUUUGGUGACUGCCAUGACACUCUCGGUGGGUUGAAGCGGGAGAGCGGCGGCUUUGAGGCGCUGCGAGGCGAGAAGCUCACAGCUGAUUGGCCGGGAGCUCUGGCUGCAUGACGCUGUCGUCACUUUUAUUUCAAACGAAAGGUUUGAGCGAUCGGCCUCAACAUUUCUCUCUGCCCGUCAUUUCAACAGCUGCGUUUACAGGUGGCUUCAUUUCCUCUGCUGCAGGCGCUGCCCGCGUGCUUCCGCAGCCGUCACCGUGCCAUAUCAGAGCACUCUUCAGUUUUCUUUCUUUUUUUAUUUUUCGGCUUCAUGCACUCCCACGGAUUAGACUCACACUUGAGGACGUUUACGGUACCUCGCCGCUUUCUUCCUUUAAUCUGAGGUUAACUCGUCACUUUAGCCACAAACACUCCGCUCAGCACGCGCGUCUGCUGACCCGCCGUUCACGGCGCCGGCUCCAUAACUAUGCACCAGUCAGACGUCAAGUCAGUUUCCACAACCACAGACUCCUCGGCUGAUCUUUAGAGCAGCAGCUUGUCCCCAAAACUGAACACGAAUGACCGUUUAACCUUCAGCAGCACCUAAAUCUUUGCUGCUAAACGCCUUUGAUAUUUGUCAGGCUGCAGAAACCCAAAUAAUUCAACCACUGGAAUUUACCGAAAAGCAAUGCCGGUGAAAACAAAUAUCGAAACCAUUUAGACGUCAUCGUUUCCAUCAUCGAGUGAUCGUAUGCAGGUAAUCAAAGGAAUAACAGGGUAAGUAAACUGGGUAAAAUAUGACAAAAGGCUGGGUGUGUUUGUGGCUUUUUAAAGGUGCAGUUAGUAAUGUUUUACCGGCAAAAAUGAACUGUAAUAUGUCAGCUGUCGAGAUUAUUUGUGU